AAUCCAUUUGAGUUUAUGCUCAAAACUCUAUUAGCUAACGAGAGAAGCAAACAAUCUAUAUGCUCAGCCGCUUCUCUUUUCUCCUCCGUCCUAUCCUCCUUCUUCCCUCCCCCGCCAUGGCGUCCACUAUUUCACGCUCCGCCAUCACUCUCUCGCUUGAACUCUACCCAACUACCUUCUCCAUCCCUCGCUCUUCUUUCAAUCUAUCUCCCAGUCGCUGCACAGCGCGUUUCGCUAUCCCUUCCUCUCCAAAAUCUUCUCUCAUCGGACGGAGGUUUCACUUUCUGUGCCGCGAAGAUAGAAGGAGGACGCUUUCAAGGCCAAUGCCAAUCGUCGUGGCUUCGAAUAAAGAGUAUCGGAAAAUGAGAGGACGGCCAGCGAAGAGUAAAGAGAAGCGGUUGGAGCUCAGUGUUAGUAUCUGCAUUGAAGAAGAGUUACCCGAUGAUUCUGAAAUUUCGAGCAUUGCAGAGUUACUUCGCCUUAAUGUGCCAAUGGCAAUGAAGUUAGUUUUUGACCGUAUAACAGAUUCAAAUUAUAAAACAAGAGAUACUUCCAUACAAGAUUUAGGUGAGUUUGAAAGCGUAGAGUUGUCUGUACUCCUUUGUAACGAUGAGAUCAUUCAGAAACUAAAUAAGGAGUGGAGGGAUGAAGACCAUGCUACUGAUGUCCUUUCCAUGUCCGAACAUAUUCCUGAACUUAACCUUCCUGUUCUUAUGUUUGGUGACAUUGUUAUAUCUAUCGAGACUGCUGCAAGGCAAGCAGAAGAAAGAGGGUACACACUUAUUGAUGAAAUUCGCAUCCUUAUGGUUCAUGGAUUGCUACAUCUGUUGGGUUUUGAUCAUGAAAUCAGCGAAGAUGCUGAGGAAGAAAUGGAGGAGGAGGAGAAAUUUGUUUUGAAGAGUCUUGGAUGGAAAGGAAAAGGACUAAUACAGAGUGCAUAUGAUGCUGAAACUAGUGAAAACCUUAAUAUUGAAAAUCCAAAUGAUAAAUUGUCAAAAGACAAGAAGAAAAAAGGUAGCCUUCGGUUCUACAGACCAAAGUUCAAGUACAUCUUCUGUGACAUGGAUGGCACACUGCUGAACAGCAAAAGUCAAGUUUCAUUGACCAAUGCAAGAGCUUUGAAAGAGGCAUCAUCAAGAGGUGUAAAAAUUGUGAUAGCGACAGGAAAAGCACGUCCUGCUGCAAUAAGUGUUCUGCAGAUGGUUGAUUUAGCUGGCAAAGACGGCAUCAUUUCAGAGCACACUCCUGGGGUCUUCUUACAGGGAUUGCUUGUUUAUGGUAUAAAUGGUAGAGAAAUUUUUAAAAGGAAUUUAGAUCCAAACGUUUGCAGAGAGGCUGGCCAAUACUCCUUGGAACAUAAGGUUCCUCUCAUUGCAUUUUGCCAGGAUCGCUGUUUAACACUAUUUAGUCACCCUCUCGUUGACACACUUCACACCGUAUAUCAUGAACCAAAGGCAGAGAUCAUGCCUUCAGUUGAGCAUAUGGUGGCUGCAACAGACAUACAGAAGCUGAUUUUUUUCGACACUGCCGAGGGAAUAACAACUAAUCUACGUCCAUACUGGUCAAAAGCUACAGGAGAUCAUGCUAAUGUUGUCCAGGCUGUACCCGACAUGCUUGAAAUCGUUCCCUUUGGGACUUCAAAGGGAAGCGGAGUAACAUUGCUACUUGAUCAUUUGGGUGUCAAUUCAAAGGAGAUAAUGGCAAUUGGUGAUGGGGAAAAUGAUAUGGAAAUGCUCGAGUUAGCAUCACUAGGAGUUGCUCUCAGCAAUGGAUCGGAGAAAACGAAAGCCGUGGCCGAUGUAAUUGGUGUUAGCAAUGAUGAAGACGGUGUAGCUGAUGCUAUCUAUCGGUACGCCUUCUGAAGACCCAACUUCACGCUUAAGACAAUACAACAAUAGCCCACAAUUUUAGGCACUUAAAAAGAGUAUUUUUCCCCCUUCAAAUGGAACAAUAAAGUCAACCUUUGCCCAAUAAUUAUUUUCCCCCAUUUUGGGUGAGAAACCCCAAUUAAUUAUACUUGUGUUUUUUUUACUAUUAUAGAAUUGCUAUUAUUAUCAACUUCUAAUUUGGAAGUAUGUGAUGCAACUAAAUAACAUUGUACUCUAUAUUACCGUUAGCAAUUUUUAUA